GGGGGGGUGUUGUGACCAGACCGGCAAGAUCAUGUGAAGGGGGCUGUCCUAAUUAACUAGGGGCACCAGCGCUCACCGAAUGAAACAAACUGCCCGCGGACAUAUGCACGAACCCCUUAAUAAGUCUCCAUUGAGGUCCAGUAACAUAGUGAGGCGAGCCACUGGUUGCCUUUGGUUUAAAAUUGAUAAUUUCUGAUGGAAUGCUGUGAGACAAGUAAGAGGGUGUCGGUGACUUGAUAACGGUGGUGAAAUAUUCGUCAUUUGGCCACUAAAGUUGUUUCACAGACGUCCAGUUUCGGAAAAUGUGAUGUGCACUUGUGCCUAUUUGUAGGCCUGCUAUAAAUAGGGCCCUGCUAGCACCACAUGCUUGCCUAUGAUUGACAAUUGCAGUGCCUUGGUACUGGGACAGCAGCCUCCGGAGGACAGCGCAAAAAACACGAAUGUAAUUACCUCCCUUUGACCAGUGGCUCCAAACCACACCAGAGGACAUUGCUUUAAAAAGGAUUCGGGGGCUUUGAUAACACAGAAGACUUGUAUUGUUCAGAAGAAUAAUAUCCAGCUUCCCCUGAAAGAAAUUGGUGCAGCCUUUGGAAACUAAACGUUUGUUUGUUGCUGUUUAUUUUAUAUUGUAAUUGAUUUUGUGAAUUAUGACAUCUCGGAGGCCUAUAAGUCGCUCGUACUCAGGCAAUGGGAGAUCCAACAGUCUAAAUGAGGAAGACUCGGCCCCCAGUAGCCGAGCAGACAGCCGCAACUACCUCUCCAAUGUCCGGCCAGAAAACAGCCACUCACGUCACAGGUAUUCUCACUACAGGCCAUCGAGGAGUACAUUUUGUACUGUGAUGUCUCAGCUGACUGAGGAAACACAGCCAUGUUUUGAAACGACCAUGAAAUCCAAAGCGGUGUCAGAGUCUUGCAAUGUAAAGUUCACCUGCGUAGUAACAGGUUACCCGGCCCCUGAGCUCACGUGGUAUAAGGAUGAUGUGGAGCUGGACAGGUACUGCGGCCUUCCAAAGUAUGAAAUCGCCCGCAAUGGAAAAGCACAUACACUCCAUAUUUAUAAUUGCACACUGGAUGACGCGGCCAUUUACCAGGCAUCUGCCCGUAACAGCAAGGGCAUAGUCUCCUCCUCGGGCGUCCUGGAGGUUGGUGAGAUGAGUGAGUAUAAAAUCCACCAGCGCUUCUUCGCCAAGCUGAAGCAGAAGGGGGAUCAGAAGCGGAGGGAGAUGGAGGAAAGUCGUCGCCGCGGGAAGGAGAACAAGCAGCAGGAACAGCUCACCAUCCUUACCCAGGACCGCAUCAUGAGGAAGCGGCGGACUCCCGGAGGCGCUGACUCUCUCAACUCCUCCGAUUCGGCCCAGGAGGCCGAGGAGAUGGCUGAAGAAACCACACCUUCUGAGGAGACCAACGGAGAAGCCAUGGAGACAGCUACCAUGAAGACUUCUGACACGAUACAAGAGAAUGGCAAUCAGGAGGUCAAUCAUGUUAGCGACAUGGUGGACAUAGUUACUACAAAGCCGCCUUGUAAAGAGAAACUGGGAAAAAAGAAGAUCAGGAUUUCAAAUGGAUUUGAGGAGGGUGUGGUCAUCAGUGGCCAAACAGAUUCAGGCCCCGGAAAUGAAAAACAUACAAGCGAGGAAGACAUGAGCCUGGCGCGAUACCUGUCAGAGUCGCUACAAUCGCAAGCAAUUGAGGACAAACAAUGCUCUGCGAUGGUACAGACAUCCAUGGAGGUGGAUGCUGCAGCUCAACAAGAGAAAGAAAAAGAAAUUGAACACGAAAAGGAAAGAGAACACGAAAAGGAAAUGGAACACGAGAAAGAGAGGCAACGUGAAAUGGAGAGAGAACUCGAGAAAGAAAGAGCACGUUUACGAAAAGAAGAAGCAGAACAAACACAUAGAGAAAAAGAAAAAGAAAAAGAAAGGGCUCAGGAGAUGGAGAGAGCCAGACAGAUGGUGGAAGCCAAGAAAACAGCAGGAAAAGCAGAAUCCAAGCAAUCUUCGAAGAAGUCAAAUUCAGAACCCCAACAGAAGUCUACUUUUACCUCUGUGCUGACCUCUUUGAAGGACAUUUUCUUUGGGAAAAGCAAGAGCAAGUCGAUAGAGGCUCCCGAGGAGACCCAGAGUGUCCAUGGAACUAGCUGGGAGAGGGACUACCCUCCGGCUCCUCCAGAUCCUUAUCCUUACAGUCCUCCCGUGUAUUCAGAGCAACCAGCCACUGCAACAGAAGCCUGCUAUGUACCCGCUGAACAAACCACAGCAAUUGAGGUAGAUGAACAACCCAUUUGUACUAGCGACAAAACUGUGGAGGAUGUUGCUGAGGGUUCAAGAACUCCAGAGUUGCCACAAAGCUUGAGGUCGUUCGACAGCCGUGGAAUUAGAGGGGCAGACACAGAGGAUCUCUCCCUAGCUCCCCAAAGGCCACCAGAGGUUUCCACUGAAGAGCACUUGGUGGCCAAGGAGGAGGCAGCAGGUAGCACGGAGGAGGUGGGUCCCAGUCUCAAGGAGGUGCCUUCACCUCCAACUCCAACUCCACCUCCACCACAGAUACAGUUAGAGGCCUUAGAUGACCAUGCGCAAUCCGGAAGGUAUGAGAGUCCUGUACAGGAGGGUAACGCUACUGCUGUGUGGGAGUAUGACACUGAGGAACGGGCAUGUUUCACAGAAUCUGUCACAGGAGACACCGGAGAUAUGCUCAGUUUACAGGGCCUCUCUGGGGAGUCUGUACAGACCCCGGGGCCCUCCCUGAAAGGUCAGGUGGCGCUGAACCUUGAGAGCACAGACAGUCGUGGAACCACAUCGCAUUUUCCCAUUACAACAGAACCCGAGAAGGAGGAGGAAAUGCAUGUGGAUGAAAGUGUGGUGGAAUGUGACUACACAAAACAGAGAGCAGACACAACCUCGCCUUCAGGAGAGAGACCUGAGCCAAGUGAAUCAGGGUUAGAGGGUGACACUGCCAUAGCAGAAAGUGGCUCAGAUGUCAGUACAACUGUCGUAGAAGAGGGAUCUAUUGCAGCUGGGGGGAGUGUAGAGGAAAGUGAAGAGAAGGCAAGAGAAGAGAGUGAGUCCAAGAAAGUGGAGACGAGUUUAGAAGAAAGGAGCCUUAAUUAUAAGGGAGAUGUUUUAGAGGUUUCCAGUGUUACUCCUCAUUUGGAUGUUAGAGUAGAUAAUCCAGAGAAUAUGUUGACAGUACCCAGUGCAGGACUUAACAAAGAUGGAAGCAGAGACUCAGUUGAUGAGGGUCAGAAAUGUGAUAGUUCUGCAACUGAGAAAGUUGGAGUGGAAGUUCAAAUGGAAGAGGAAAUGGAGGCAGAAGUGUGCACUGAAGAGCCCACAGAAGUGCAGCCUAAGGAGCCACACUAUCAGAUGACAACACCAGUCAUAAUUCCUCCUGCUUUAGAGCUGCAAGCAGAGACGGAAACUGAGAACGAGAGAAAAGUUCUCAGUUUAACAAAGGAGAACACCACAGAAAUCUGUGAAGAACCACCAAGUCAAGAGAAUGUUACAGUCACUGACGUUCCAUAUUCACCACCAAGCAAAGUCCCAGAUAUAAUCAUUGUUCAUGAGGAGACACAGGACCAACAGCGUGUAAAUAUGUCGUCAAUCAAUAUUCUGAUUACUGAACCUGAAGAGCCAGAGCCAGUAGUUUCGUUGCCGUCCCAUUCGGCAGGAUUGCAGGGUGAUGCAAUUCAGUUAUCAGACCCAAUGAUAGUGGAGCCCAAUGCAACGGUUGUUUCACCCACGCCUAAAAGAACAGAGGAUGUUGGCGUCCUCCCUCCCAUGAAAGACAUGCAGGAAGUUGUGCAACAACAUGAGAGAGAAAGGAUGAGCUUGGGAAAGGAGCCAGAGCCUGUUAGGACAAGCAGACAAUUAGACUCUUCCUCCAUUCCCAUAAUAAACAUUGCUGAAGCAGAUGAUGCCAUUUCUUCACAUGAAGUACAACAUAAUGCAGUUGUAGUCAGUGUUGCUUCAACAACUGCUCCACAGGAAGAGCCUCCUAAAAAGCCAGCAUUUGUGUCUCCACCUGUUGCCAUCACAUGUGUUGAUAGCAGUCCUGAAAUAAUAAAAGUAGAUAAAAAAGAGAGUGAGAUGGAGUCUCUGGCUGCUAUGCUGUGGGGAGUGAAGAACAACAUUGAUCAGGAGAGCAACGUGGCAGUGCCUGAGAAGGCCAAAGAACCACCCAUGACUGAAAGUGUGUCUGCACUGCCACUGAGAAUCCCCCAGCCAGCAGAGACUGAGCUCAUGAUCCCUGUGCCCACUUUACAGGCCAAAACACCACAAAUUAGCAAAUCUGGCACAGAUAAGAUGGACCUUCCUAAAGAGCAUGAUGACGGUGUGGACCAGCUUAAGAAAGACAAACCAGCUGUGGAGAAGCUUGGUGUGACAGCCCCAUUGUCUCCCAUGAUGAGCCCUUCUAGCCUGCGACGCUUAAUGGCGAAGGGACUUUUCGACAGUCAGACGGUGACAUCCAUACCAGCCAUAACCGUGGACUCGGAGGGGAAAGGGGAUGAGAACAGCGGAGGAAGCACACCUACAUCUAUCCUGAGCUGCGAAAGCAGCCCCAAGUUGAGGCGGAAAGACAGCCCGUCGCCCAUCCCCUCUGCCACCCCCGCGGAGCUGGCCUCAGGAGCCAGGCGCAAGAUCUUCCUAUCCAAAGCCAAAGCCGAAGAAGCUGAAGGCCUGGCAUUGCCAGAGGCCCAGGUGAAGAGAGAGGCCCCCUACAUGUCACCCAGUCUGGCUAGGAGAGCAGCAUACCUUCAGGCCCACCCUGGACAACAGACCCCACCGAUGGAGAAGCGGUCUCCCUUAGUGAGUCGCAGGAAGGCCACUCUGGAGGUCCCCAAAGUGCAGGAAACUCCAGAAGAAACUGAGCCAGCCAAGACUGAAACCAAACCUGCUGAGAAACUGGAUCCCUUCAAAGCUCCUCAAGUUAUCCGCAAGAUCAGGGGAGAGCCCUUCUCAGAUGCCACCGGACACUUGAAGCUGUGGUGCCAGUUCUUCAACGUCCUCAGCGACUCUACCAUCAUAUGGUACCGGGACGAGGAGGAGCUGCUGGAGGUGAAAAGAAGUGCUGGAGAUGAGAGUCAGGUGGCCUUGGCCAUCGUCCAGGCGUCCAGCAGAGACUGUGGGGUGUACGCUUGCACCAUCAAGAACAAAUAUGGCACAGACACCACUGACAUCCUGCUCAGCACUGACAUUCUGGCAGAGUUUCUCUUGCGAGAUGACUUGGAAGUUGGGGAGGAGAUUGAGAUGACUCCGCUGAUGUUCACCAAAGGCCUGGCAGAUCCUGGUAACUGGGGAGAAAAGUUAUUCGGCCGCAUCAUGACUGAGGAGAUGCACCUUGGAGAGGGCUGGGCCCACAAGGCCUGUAGAGUAAAGGUCAUCUACGGCCUGGACCCCAUAUUUGAGUCAGGGAGCACCUGCAUCGCGAAGGUGCGCAACCUCAUCGCAUACGGGACCAAAGAGGAAAGCCAACUCAUCGAGAGAAACCUGGUGAUUACCAAGCAGUUAUGCAGAAUGCAAAACAUAAUCCGAGAGUACUGCAAAAUCUUUGCUGCUGAGGCUCGGGUGGUUGAAAACUUUGGCCCUGCACUAGAAGUGAAUCCUGUCUACUUGAUGUACCGACCGGCCAACACUGUUCCGUACGCCAUGGUGGAGGCUGAACUGAAGGGGGUGUACCUCCGGUACUGCUUCAAGGACGCGUCUGGCCGCCUGGUCACCAGAACCAUCUCUGAAGUGGAGCAGAAGUGCAGUGCAUUCCAGCACUGGAUUUACCAUUGGACAAACGGCAACUUGCUGGUCACCCAGCUUGAAGGAGUUGACAUGAAAGUCACCAACAUCAGAAUUGCCACGAAAACUAAAGGGUAUCAAGGUCUCACAGAGGAAGCCUCCCCGAAGGUGCUUGAGCAGUUCCUCACCCAGCAUCAGUGCAACUACUACUGCGGACUCAUGGGCCUGCGAUCCCUUAAGCCCAUGGACUUGCUGCAGCAGCCCACCAAGAUGAAGGCUUCCAGGAGCCCCCUGCUUAACCGCAGAGCAGGGGGCUCGUCCAGCCCACAGCUGCAGAGGAAAGGGACGGGCAGCCCCCAGACUGUGAGAAGGAUAACGUCCAGCCCAAAGGUGGUCAGGAAGACUGGGGAGGUGGGGGGGGACUCAGCCAAGCACAAGACUGUGGAAAUCCCCAAAGUGGUCAGACUGAGGUAGAGAUGGAAAGGAAGCCAAAAAGGGGAAAAAUCACUUUUUUUUUUCCCUUUCAGAAAUAAAUGACCUAGUCCUGUUUUAACAUUGGACAUCUAUAUCUAGAUUGGUGCAAGCCAGAUGCUGGUGUUUGCACACAACUGUGGCCUUGACUAUAAAUGUGACAGACAAUGUGUCUGACGUUCCAUCUGAAGAGACAAGUAAGGAAGAGAUGGCUAUCAUAGAUAGUGAGAGGAGGGUCAACAACCGUUGUCACUCAUUAUGUAAGUUCAACUGUGAAUUGCUAUGCAGACCAUCGAUUGCCAUCAAGCGAAGUGUGCCCUCUCCCCGCCCCGCCCUGGUAGUACAUUUAGCAGGCUGGGUUGACGCAGAAUGUCAUGUCUCUGUCAAGCACCAAGAGGCUGUUGGACAUGAGGCUCUCAUUCACAGGGACAGGGCACAGUGCUCUGGACGCACCCUCCUGAGAUUGCAAAAUGUUGCAGCGCAGAUGGCAAUGGAUGGGUGGAAUAUACAUAUAUAAAUAUAUUUUUUAGAAAAUACUUUUUUUCUCAUUUUGACUUGUAAGGUUGUCCUCUCUGCACAUGUAUGCCUGAGCUAAAAUGACUGAGGCAAUCAUAACUGCACAGGGGAAGGCUUUUACACAUCUGUGAUGUAAUUAGAGAGGUGAUGCCCUGUUUGUACAGGACAAACUGGGUUUGUGUGACAGCCUGUCAGUCAUACGCUGGGUAGUUGCUUUUUUUUUGCAGCUCAGGCUAUAGUUUCUGUGACUGUACAGAGAUGGUUUAAGCUCCAGUGCAUUACAGGAAGGGCAACCCAAUCCCUUGGGGUUGAUAUCUGGGGCCUUAAAACGUUUUUUGUUUGUUUUGUUUUCAAAUUGCAUAAGAUUCUUAAGAAUGGCAAAGAUUUCUUCUACGUGUUAUUCGGCAUUUCUAUAAAUGUUACAAUGUUUUUUUUUCUUUUUCUGUGGUGGCAUUAGGUAACCUGAUGCUGCCUUAACAGACAACUCAAUUGAGAGUGUGAUAAGAAAACUGCUUGUAGUCAUAUUAUUUAACAAAACAUGCUGUGAACAUCCUGGUGAACCUUGGAACUGUCACUGGCUGUCCCACACCCAUAGAACAGCCUUGUUAUGAUCACGUACAGGUUCAUCAGUUGUCUUGUUCAGAAGGGAGAAUUUUCUCAAAGCAAGUUAGCCAGGGCCAGGUCGCAACACAAAACACACAUUCUCAAAUGCAGAAAUAGUAUAUCACAGCAACACGUGAAAAGGUGCCAAAUGUUUCAACCAA